AAGCUCAUUAUGGACAAGAAAUAUUAGCAUCUGAAGUAACAGAAUUGGUACAUGGAAAAUCAGGUUUAAAUGAGGCAAAAUUAUCAACAAAAAUUUUAUUUAAUUCUCCAGAAAUAAUAAAUUCUCAAUUAUUAUUAUCAACAUUUGAAAACAACAAGAAUCAACUAAUUAAACUAUCAAAAACCUCAGUGAUAAACAGCACAAUAGAUAAAUUGUUGGUAUUAUCAGGUGUAUGUAAGUCACGUAGUGAGUCAUACAAAGUAAUAAAAUCAGGUGGAUUGUAUUUGAAUAAUGUUAGAAUUGAAGAUGUGAAAUAUUUGAUUGAAAUUAAUGAUUUUUUUGAUGAUGUUGUUUGCAUUUUAAGAGUUGGAAAAUCUGAAUAUAAAUUAGUUCAAAUUGUUGAUUAA